AGAAAGGGGUGUGGGCGGUGACCCUCAGCCCCGGGGAGGGCGGAGCAGGGGGAGGCUGUGGCCUGUGCUCGGCAGCUCCGGGCGCUCCCUGGACCAGGCUCCUCAUCCCCGGCUGUGGGGACAGGGCACGGGAGAGGGCUGUGGGAGGCCUGCGAGGCUGAAGGGUCAUGACCGUGAAUAACCACAGCCGGAUUAGGACUCAGGGUAGGAAACGCCUGGAGUCUGGGGACAUACCUUCGGGGAGAGGAAGUCAAGAACAAAUUAAAAAUGGCUGUGCAGCCUUCGCCAUGGAGAGCCAGUAUACCCUCUCAGACAGAACAUUUUGGUUCUAAAAGCAGAUGAAGGGGCGUUGAAUGGACCGAUUUUCAUUGCAGAAUGUGACACUUCCCGAUUCCCUUUCCCAUAGUUCAUUGAUUCUCAAACCGCAGAGUGCAUGCAGAUCCCUGGGGAUCCUGUUAAAGAUGCAUAUUCGGGGGCUCUCUUCCCCCGCCUCCCCUCCCUAUCCCCGAUUCUGAUUCCUUAGAUGUCUGUGGCAGGCCUGGUCAAGCUGGAAUUCAGCUGCUGGGCUGCACUUCCUGAGGUUUUGGAGACACACGGGUCUCCUGGGUCUCAGGCACCGCCUGGGUAUGAGCAGAAGACUUCCUUCCGGCUUCUGUGGAUUCUUAGGAUUGUCCUCACAAAGAAUUUGAUCUUAGGCUCCCUGCUAAACUUCCCCUGGCCUGCAUUUCUUAUGUAGUGACAUAGUGAUUGUGGUCAUCAAACCUCAGAGGGUGAUUGUGAGGAUUAAAUAUGGUCCUGUGUAGAAAGCAUGUUGUGACUGUUUGGCAGUGCUGACCAUUACUCGCAGGCAGCAGCCGAGCAGGGCAGAAAGCUCACAGGACUUGGAAUCUACCAAAAUUUUCCUUUCUGUCAAUUUAGUGAAAAUGAUACCAACUUUAAAUGGUUGUUUUGAAGAGAUUAAUUUUAAAAACUCAAGAUUUCAAAAUAAAAGUGAGUUCAUUCAUUUAGUCAAAGACAGGAACAAUAUUUCCAUUUAUUUUUUCUCUGCUUUGGCUUUUAUACAGUGGGGCUGAACUUUUUAACCAUUCUGAGUGGUCUGUGUGGUCCCUAAUUCUUCCAUGAACUCCAUAAGGUAUUAUUUGCUAUUUCUUUUUCACAUUAAGAAACUGGAGCGUGAAAGAAGCUAAGGAAUUGGCACACAAUUAGUAAAUGUUAGAAUCAGAAUAAAACGUAGGUCUGGGUAGCUUGAAAGCCUGUGCUCAUUAUGCCUUAUGUUUUCCAUCAUUCCCAUCCUUUGGUCACCAAGUCACUUUACUUUCAUUGAAGGGCUUAAGGGUCUAGGAUAAUUGCUUAUAUUAUCAGUUGCUGUCUUCAGCUAUUGCCUUUUUUCUAUAUAAAUGAUUUUUACUGCUUAGGAGGAAGCCUUCAGAGGUGGUUCUGAAACAAGCUCCAGGUGGAGGGUACUUUUUAAGUUAUUCAAGGUCAAGAUGAAUACAGACUCAAAGGAGGUUUUAUCCCUGGAUGUUCAAGCUCCCGAAGUGAGGGAAGAACUUCUCAGAGUGAAAAUGAAGACAGAAAGUCACUUCCAAAUGCAGGAAUCCAGACUGAAACGCAAUAAUCCACUGGCAAGGGAAAUUUUCCGGAGGCGCUUUCGGCAGCUCUGCUACCAGGAGACCCCCGGACCCAGGGAGGCUCUUACCCGACUCCGGGAACUUUGCCACCAGUGGUUGAGGCCACAUGUGAGCACUAAGGAGCAGAUUUUGGAGCUGCUGGUGCUGGAGCAGUUCCUGUCCAUCCUGCCGAAGGAGCUGCAGGGCUGGGUGAGGGAACACUGUCCGGAGAGUGGGGAAGAGGCUGUGACUUUGCUGGAGGAUCUGGAGAGAGAGCUUGAUGAACCACAGCAUGAGAUGGUAGCCCACAGACGGGGACAAGAAGACCUCGUUAAAGAGACAGUGCCUCUUGGAGAGCAGACAUCACUGAGCCUUGAGUCUGAGCCUAAGGAGCCCCAGCUCUUAUGUGACCCUGCUCAGGAGCCCCGCUCUAUUGGAGAGGCAGAUGAAAUGACCAAGACUGAGGACAGAGAGUUGGUGCUAAGGAAAGACUGUCCUAAGGUAGUGGAGCCACAUGGGAAAAUAUUUUAUGGACGGAUCUGGGAGGUAUCACACCAGAAUCCUCAACGUGGAGAAGUUGGUGAACACAAGGGUCGGAUAGAAGGGCACUGGGGAAAGCCCUUAGGAGAAGGACAGCACAAAUGUGAUGAAUGUGGGAAGAGCUUUGCUCAGAGCUCAGGUCUCAUUCGACAUCAGAGAGUUCACACUGGAGAAAGACCCUAUGAAUGUAAUGAGUGUGGGAAAACCUUCAGUCGCAGUUCUGGCCUGUUUAAUCACCGAGGAAUCCACAAUAUACAGAAACGGUACCACUGUAAGGAGUGUGGGAAGGCCUUCAGUCAGAGUGCAGGUCUUAUCCAGCACCAGAGAAUCCACAAGGGAGAAAAGCCCCAUCAGUGCAGCCAGUGCGGUAAGAGCUACAGUCGGCGUUCAUUUCUCAUCGAGCAUCAGCGAAGCCACACCGGGGAGCGACCUCACCAGUGCAACGAAUGUGGGAAAAGCUUUAAUCGCCACUGCAAUCUCAUCCGCCAUCAAAAGAUCCACAUGGUGGCUGAGCUGGUCUAAACCUUGCUAUGUGCAAGUUUUCUGGAUCGUUGGCCAAGUCAUGUGGGGGUAGGUUAAGACUAGAAAAUGCCUUUCUUCCUGUCUCCACUAAAUGUGUUUUAGAACAAAUGCUGACCUGUGGUCCAGGGGCAUCUAAAGAGGAAGGUUUGGGUUUUUGAAGCUGCUGCUUUCCCUUUGGUUCCUUUACCCCUUCCCAGUUCUUACUACCCCCAUCUCUUAUUUAUUCUCAUUGAGGUGGCUGCUAAACCUUCCCAAUAGUGUAAUAAAUGGUGCUGCUGUAGCCAACUUGCCUGAAAGGUCUGUAUCUGUGUUUAAUUCCUAAAGAUCACAUAGAGCCCUGCUGAUGUUUUAUGAUAAAUGGGUCUUUGGUGCUCCCAUGGCCAGUACCGACAUGGUAAACACCUUUUCUGCCUUACUGCUUCCCUCUGGCUCCUACAUGACACUCCCUUGGAAUAGGGACCAGCAUUGGCUGGGUGUUUUGUUGUUUGCAGAGUUCUUCCCUUUACUUAACCACAUUUGGUCCUUACAACAGCCACGCAGGAGAAUGAGUAUUAUCAUGAUCUCAUUUUACAGAUAGGGAAUCUGAGGCUCAGAAAAUCCAAGCAUCAGAGCCAGGGUUUAAACCCUGGACUUUUAUUUUUAGUACGUUUUUAUUUUUGGAAUACUUUUAGACUUAUAAAAAAGUGGCAAGAGUAGAGUUCUCAUAUAUUCGUCACCCAGCUUCCCUUAAUGUUAACAUCUAACAUCAGAUCUUUUUAGUUAAACCCUUGACUUUUGACUCCAAAUCCCUAUCUGUUUAUAGUGUCAUGCUUCAUAUUGGUAUUCUCACAUUUCCUCACUUAAGCUGUCACCUGAAACUCCUUUAGUGCUUUUCCAUCACGUCUUCGGCGUUAGAAAAAGUCCUCUGUAUCCUGAGUACAAGGCCACAUCAGAGAAUUGGGUCACCAUCCAGAUAAGAUGCUUUAAAAACUGCUGUCUGAAAUCUCCUGAAUCUUUCCUUUCUGUUGCUUGGCUUAGGUCUGGAGAAAAAUUUGCCUCCCUGUAUGUUGUUGGGACGUUUUCCUAGAGUUUGGAUAAUGGGUGAGAGAAUGUUUUGGUAGCAGCUCAAAGAAGACUUAUGUACCUUGUGUGUUCUGCACCCAAAGGAAGCUCUUCCCCAGGGAAGUUUCCUCAUGGGGAGCAGGAAUCCCCUCUUCUUGGGACUAAAACAGGCUUGAGGCUUGAUCCGAAAGGCUCUCUUGGCCUCCCCUCCCUUGUUCCCUCUUAUGAUUUCUUCACCAAGGCUGCAGCUCCAUCUUUUUCCUUUAAUGUAUUUGAUGUUUGGAAGUUUCCCUAGAGAUGGGAGUGAAGGCAGAAACAUCCUGCAGUUUGCUCAGGAUGGUCCCUGUGCAUACACGAUUUGAGGUUUGUGCCGUUUUCAGUAACUCCAAAAUGUGUUGCACAGGGCAGCCAACUCUUGAAUUGGGGAUUAUAUAAUUUAACCCCUCUGGAAAAUUUCAAACAAACAACAGUGGAAUAGCAUAGUGAACCCCCAUGUACUCAUCACCCACUUUCAACAGUUAUCAACUCAUGGCCCAUUUGUUUCAUUUAUACCUUAUAUCAUGUCAUAUUAUGUUGUAUUAUAUAUAACAUAUAUUGUAUUAUUAUGUAUUUAUUGUUUAUUAUAUUAUACUCACUUCCUUUGGAUAACUUUGAAGCAAAUUUGAAAUGUAAAUGUUGAUUCAGGUUGAGAUCAUUAAGCGGAUGUGGUGACAGAGUCCUUUCUCGAUCCCAGUCUCUAUCUUUUUUUCUUGUUUCUCCACUGAGUGAAUAGCCUAGGAAGUUGGAUUUUAAGUCAAAGCCCGUAUUAAGUUUCCCAUCACAGGGAGAUAAAUUACCUCAUACACAGCAUCACCUAAGAAUUCCAUAAAAUGUCAGCUUAAACUAAGGCAUCCAUUUCCCUCUCUAUCAGAGAAAAGUUCUACACUUUGGGGGGCAGCACAUGUGAAUUUCCACAUCACAGCAGGUGUAAAGGAUAAAGCUCUGGGAUCAUUUGAUAGAAAUGUUAAGUGUAGAAUACCUUCCCCUACCAAACAGAAAUGGUCUGGGGAUUAGCUAUCAGUGGUUACAGUAAUUGUCAUGGAUAGAGUCCCCUGUCUUGAGUGAGUUAAGGGUCAAAAGUUCAAAUAUUGAAGUAGUCUCUUCUCAUCCUUUGUUGUGUCUCCAUACCACAUGGUAUAGUGAAAAAGGGGGCCAGGAGUCAGGUCCCAGGGAUGGAGUCCAUGCGCAGUGAGUUCUAGAGUGUGGACCUCACUUGGUUGGGUUUCCAAGAAGCAGAACCUAGGCAGGGAUUCAGGUCCAGGGGAAUUACUGAGGAGAAAUAAGCUGCAGGGAAAAAAAAUGCAAGGCAGUGAGGGAAGCAGGAUAUGGGAGAGGAAUGGGCUGAGCAAGAUGUGGUCUCAGUUAAAGUUUAGCUCUAGCCUGAUUUGGAAGAAGGGCCUGGAAUAAAACUUGCCCUUGAGGCGAGGGCCAGCCUUUUGUACCCUCAGUGAGUCACUCAUUGACUGAAGGCUGCCCUGAGAGAGGAGAGCAGCCCCUUUGUCCAAGGGUUAUUCUUCAGAGAAGGGGCGGAUUUGAGCCAUUAGCCGCCAACUCUCAGCAAUCAAAGAGUGGGUGCAUUGCAGUCAGGAAAUGGGUGUACUGACUGGGUGAAGAGCACCCCGGCAGGACACCACUGGCAUCUAUUACUGUACUUAACCUCUCAAGGCCCCAGUUUCUUCACCUAUCUUCUUACUUUGCAAGAUUGUUGUGAGGAACAGCAAAUAGCCAUUAUGUGAAAGGACACUGUAAUCUAUAAAUGCUACAUUUAACAAAUAGAAGGUGAUAUUACUAAGUUUGAAAAUGAUAUAUCAAGGAAAAAGGAUCAUCUGACAUAGCAGUGAGAGACUUCUCUUGUAAAUUAAAGUUUUUUGUGGGACUUUUUCUUUU